UGUUUUUCAUACAAAGUUUUGAAUGCCAUUCUGCAUAACUUCUAUGUGGAUGAUUGUUUGAUAUCUGUUCCCACUGAAGAGGAGGCACUUCAGAUGGUUAAAGAUUUAUCUACAGUCUGUUCUAGAGGAGGACUCCAGCUAUCCAAAUGGAUGAGUAAUAGCCGCAUGGUAUUAGCAAGUGUUCCAGAGGAACAUCUGUCAAAAUCAACCAAGGAUCUCAAUCUGGAUAAAGAUAAUCUGCCUGUAGAAAGAGCACUUGGGUUGCAUUGGUGUGUUGAGUCUGAUGCAUUUGUUUUCAAGAUUGCAGUGAGUGAAAGACCACAUACAAGACGAGGCGUUUUAUCAAUUACCAGUUCCAUUUAUGAUCCUUUGGGAUUUCUUGCACCGCUAAUACUUCCUUCUAGGCUGUUGUUGCAGGAAUUGUGUAAAAGAAGCAUUGGAUGGGAUGAUGAAAUGCCACAGUCUUUUUCACGUCAAUGGUCAGAGUGGCUGCAAGAUCUCCAUAAGUUGUCUAUGGUGAAAAUUGACAGAUGUAUCAAGCCAAAGGAUUUUGGAGAAGUCAAGAAUGCUCAACUGCAUCACUUUUCAGAUGCAAGCCAAUGUGGAUAUGGAACAGUUUCCUACCUGCGUCUGGAAGAUGAAUACAAAAAUGUGAAACUCUCUUUUAUGCUUGGAAAAUCCAGAGUUGCUCCUCUAAAACAAAUAACUAUACCAAUAAUGGAACUUACAGCUGCUGUCUUAGCAGUCAGAAUUGACAAGAUGCUCAAGAAAGAACUUCAACUGGAUUUGGACAAGUCAAUGUUUUGGACGGACAGCCAAACUGUGUUGAAGUACAUUGCCAAUAAUGCCAAGAGAUUUCACACAUUUGUGGCAAAUAGAGUGACAGUCAUCAGGGAUGCAACAGAUGUUGUGCAAUGGAGACACAUUGGAACUAAGCUGAAUCCUGCUGAUGAUGCCUCUAGGGGAAUGUCCAUUGAAAACUUCCUGAAAGCCAAGAGAUGGAUACAGGGUCCAGAAUUUCUUUUGGACGCUUUUGAAGAAUGGCCACAAUCUUCUUUCGACCGAUCAUGA